CGCAAAAGCUGUGACAGGAGAUGAGUUCAGGUGAAUACGCAAAAAUUUUCCAGUGAGAACAUUUUUUAAAGAGUUGAACCCGAUGAGAACGAAAUUUAAGCCUGCUUUUCUGAGACUUUUCUUCCUUUUCAAAAUAAGGUUCCCCCYGCUGCGUCUCCAGAAUGUUCUCUUUUUGGAAAGUGUUUUGUAGGUAGCGUUUAUUUACAGUUGGCUGUGACGUGGAAAUGGUCACUUUGACUGCCUUGCUGACAGUUUGCAUAUGGAUCCAAACACAGACUUCCUCAGGAGAGCGUUCGUGUCCCUCUGCUCCUYGUAAACCCGUGGAUUUCAACGUAGAAUAUUCUCUGCCAUACUUUGAAACAGAAAAACCCAUUCAGAACAUUGCUUUAAGCUGGGAGUCCUCGCCAAAUGAGGUGUACCUUGGAUACCAAAAUGCUAUAGUGGCAAUUGAUAAUUCUAUGAACAAAACAUGGGAGGUGAGAACUGGACCUGUGGGGAGUCCUGACUGUCAGACCUGUCAGGUGUGUGAAAUAGAAACUGAUCCCAAGGAUCCAGUGGACACAGACAACGAAGUUCUACUUUUUGAUCCGCUUGGAUCUAUCUUGCCAUACUUAUACUUUUGUGGAAGUACUCAGCAUGGAAUCUGUUACUUUAUUAACACUGAGUCUUCACAACCUGAGCCUAUAUGUUUAUACAAAAAAGACAGGAACUCUCCUGAAAACUGCCCUGACUGUCUGGCCAGUCCUCUUGGCACCAAAGUCACUAUUGUCGACGAGGGAAAGACAUCGUUGUUUUUUGUAGCAGCUUCCAUCAAUGAUAAAGUGACACAGAAUUACCCAAGGAAGUCCAUUUCAGUGCUGAGGCCACUUUCCACUGAGGAUGGCUUUGACAUGAACAGUGACCACCUCACAGUGCUGCCCGGUCUACGUAACUCUUACAACAUAGACUACAUCUACAGUUUUUCCACCAAGGAGUAUGUCUACUUUCUGUCCCUGCAGAGGGAAGAUCCCUCCAAGAGCAACUCACCAUUUCAGACCCGUUUGGGUCGACUGCCAAUUUUAAUUCCGGAAGUGUGGAUGUACAGAGAGGUGGUCUUAGAGUGCCGUUAUGAACCGAAGCGUCGGAGGAGACGGAGGGAGAAUUUCAAGGACAUUGUGUACAAYGGGUUGCAGGCUGCACACUUUGGACAAGCAGGGAAGGAUUUGGUCAACGAGCUGAGGGUCAAAGUUAAUGAAGACAUUUUAUACGGGGUGUUCGCAAAGGUCGACGAGCGAGGCGUACCAAAGAAAAACUCAUCCCUGUGCGCCUUCCCUUUGACCCAAGUCAACCAAGCGAUUGAGACGGGUGUGGAAGCGUGCUGCAGCAGAGGUAGCGAGCAGCUGUCCAGAGGCCUCUGUCACUUCCAGACGUGUGAGAACUGCCCACAUGAAGCCUCUGAAGGGAAUCCCACGUGCACUAACAAGCCCACGCUGGUGUCAAAGCCACACUACAAAGUGGACAUCUUCAACAGGCAGAUGAGGGACGUCCUGUUCACCUCUAUUCUGGUCACGACUAUCGGAACUCACACAAUCGGACAUUUAGGCACUUCAGAUGGCAGGUUACUGCAGGUGGUUCUUAAACUGGACACACCGAUAGUUUUUGCCAACUAUUUGCUGGGAGAAACAGGAAUAUCCAGGACAGCUGCUGUGCACUCAGAGGAUUCGCUUCUUUUUGUGGCUGGAAAUAAGAUGUUCAAGGUGCCGUCUACAGGACCGGGCUGCGCACAUUUUCUUACAUGUCCCUCGUGUCAGAAGGCUCCAGACUUCAUGAACUGUGGUUGGUGUUCAGGAAAAUGCUCCAGGAAGCCUGAGUGUGCCUCACAGUGGAAUGAAGAGUCUUGUGCACCUGUCAUAACGGAGUUUUUUCCAAAAAUGACUCCUGCCGGUGGGGAGACGGAAUUGAUGCUGUGUGGUUCAGAGUUUCGUUCUCCUGAGUCACCGCCCAUCAGUGGGAAAAGUCAUAAGGUCACAGUGGGUUCUGGGACUUUGUGCGCUGUCCUGCCUGAGAAGAGCAAUAAUGAAAGGCUUGUGUGCAAACUCAGUGAACAAAUCCCAAACCAUGACCUGAACAUCACUCUGGAAGUGCACGAGGGGGAAGUGAAGGGUCCCUACUCAAUUGAAGGCACUGCUCAGAYGUUUGGCUUCUCUUUUGUGGAGCCUAGCAUAACAGACAUCCAGCCUGACUUUGGWCCCAUGUUUGGAGGAACAACAGUCACACUAACAGGAAAAUAUCUUAACUCUGGGAUAAAAAGAGACAUCUUUGUUGGAGGCGGGGUUUGCACAAAUCCAAAUGUUCUUGAAGAAACAGGGGUUUUGUCUUCAGUCAUCUGUAACACAGCAGCUGUGGAAAGUGUUGGUGAAGUACCAGUGGAAGUGGUCAUUGAUGGUCACAACGUUACCACYGAUAAGACAUUCUUCUACAAGAUGAACCCUGUCGUAACUUCUGUUGAUCCCCUCUGUAGUUUCCGAAGAGGCUCCAAGCUGGUGAUAGAGGGUCAGAAUCUUGACUCGGCUCACAAURUUGUGGUUCAAUACACUCCCAAAAAUGCCCUGACAACGUAUCAGCGAGUCUGCAACGGCUCAAGAAAUGCCACACGCAUGGAGUGCUGGACCCCAGCCAUUCCAKGGGAUGAGCCUGAGGAAAAAGUUGACACGGGGACCAUUUCUCUUCAAAUGGACGGACAACCUGACCUCUUGACAAAACGUUUCGACUACCACCCAGAUGCCGACGUUAUCCCCUUUGAGGCUGAGGACAACAUUUUUCACCUGAAACCAGAAGGAACUGAGGUGUCUCUGCAUCAUAACAAACUUCAAUCUGUGAGUAAAUGCAUGAACAUAAAAAUGAGCAUUGGCGGUGAAUUCUGCAAACUUCAGGUUCUGUUAAAUGAACUGACCUGCAGGAUUCCUAAAGGCAUGGUUAUCCCCAUUGAGGGAUUACCUGUCAAAGUGUCUGUGAACAGAGAAGAAUACGAUGUGGGCACUGUCGUUCCUAUCAAAACCAACCACGCCACUGUGAUUGYAGGCAUUGUUCUGGGCAUUCUCGCUGCACUGGUAGUAGGAGCUGGCCUUGCAUUAAUUGUGAUGAAGCAUUUGAGGAAAAAACAAAGAGCAAACAUAGAGAACCGUUUAUCUGCGACACUGUCUCGGAGCCUCGUGUCCAGUUAUUUGACCACGAACGGCAGACAAGUGCAUCUGUCCAACCAAACAUCAGGCUCAGGAGGAAUUGCCUUCCAAGGUUUAUUAUAUUCUGCCAGCUAUGAUCAUCUAGAUGUUCCUUUAAUGCCAGGUGAAAAUAUCUCAAUGAUGAGCUUAAGUUCUGAUCUGCUUGACGAAGUUAAAGAUGUGCUGAUUCCUGCGGACAUGCUCAGAAUCGAGGAGAACCAGGUUAUUGGAAAAGGUCAUUUUGGCAUAGUUUACCAUGGAUACCUAAUAGAUAGCAACAAGCAGGAGACUCACUGUGCUGUCAAGUCAUUAAACAGAAUCACAGAUUUGGGUGAAGUGGACCAAUUCCUCAGAGAGGGCAUCAUCAUGAAAGAAUUCCACCACCCCAACAUACUGUCACUGCUGGGUAUCAUGCUGCCCAAAGAAGGGCUCCCUCUGGUGGUUCUGCCUUACAUGCAGCACGGAGAUGUGCGUCAUUUCAUCCGCUCCGAGCAGAGGAACCCAACAGUGAAGGACCUGAUUGGGUUUGGGCUUCAGGUUGCAGAGGGAAUGGAGUACUUAGCUCAAAAGAAGUUUGUUCAUAGAGACCUGGCUGCACGGAACUGCAUGCUGGAUGAAACCUUCACAGUGAAGGUAGCUGACUUUGGCAUGGCCAGGGACAUCUACGACAAGGAGUACUACAGCAUCCAGAAUCACAAAAGGGUGAAACUGCCGGUGAAGUGGAUGGCCAUAGAAAGCCUGCAGACGCAGAAGUUCACGACCAAGUCUGACGUGUGGUCAUAUGGCGUGUUGCUGUGGGAGCUGAUGACCAGAGGAGCCAACCCAUACCCAAACGUGGACCCCUACGACAUCACAUACUAUUUGUUGAAGGGGCGUCGGCUUCCACAGCCACAGUACUGCCCAGAUACUCUUUACGCAGUUAUGUUAGCCUGCUGGAACCCAGAGCCCGAGUGCAGACCCAGCUUCAACAGACUGGUCACAGAAGUAGACUACAUCCUGUCCUUCCUGGAAGGAGAGCACUACAUCAAUCUGAAGGUUAACUACAUCAACUUAGAUCAGCCGAGGCCGUACCCCUCCAUGACGGGCUCUGCAAACGAGGCAGAGGCCUCGGACGUGGACUCAGACGGUUACGCAGCAAACUUUGACUUUGGAGCUGAAUAAAAAAAAAAUUAAAAAUCAACAGAAAGAACAUUUCUGAUUUGAUAAAAGCACAUGGAAGGUUUCACUACUGAUUAAACACUGCAGACACUGUAAGCUCUGACUGGAGAUUAGAGGAUACAGAAUCUUUAUCGAUCCCAGUUCCUUUAAAGCAGGAGUCAGUAAGAGGUGUUUUGUUUUCUUCUAACGCACCGGUAUAACUGAGACAAAAUGAAUGUAUGAGGAUUUUGUUCUUGUUUAUGUGUGUUUUGGGCUAUAAAAACACAAGCACAUUAUCGAAAAAUCUACCCGUUAAACUGACUGCUGAUGUUUUUUUUAAUCUAAUAUGUUAUUUUAUACAUGGAUUUAUCAUCAAUUACAUUUAAAAAUAGUCUCACAAAAUAACACCAGGAUGCUGAGUAACUAAAUCUGCAACUUUUGAACUAUGCGGGUUGUGUUGUGCUCAACGUCUCACCAGUAGAGGGCAACCAAAGCCUCGGUCUAAGUAAAUAUUGGAGCUGCAGUGAAGGUUUGCAGUGCAGUUGGCCUAGAGAGAAAUCUCUAAACAAAGGUGUUGCACAAAAGGUACAUAGACUUAUCUGAACCCGAGACUGUGCUCCCCUGUGAAACUGUAACAAAACCCAGCUUUCAAAUGAAUUCAGACAACACACAGUAUGAUGCAUUCUGGGUAGAUUCAUUGUUGCUUAAAAAAACAUGUGCACCACCUUUAAAAAACUAAAGUAAUUCAGAAUGAGAGCACUGACUGAUUAUGGCUGGUUAGCUCAGUUGUUCAGAGCAUGGUGCUAAAACACCGUGGUGUGUAUGAUCCCUAACAGGCAAUUUGUUGCAUUUUGAAUUUUUAUUUUGUUGUAUUUAACUGCUUUACUCUCAUUGCAAUACAGUUUAACCAAAGCAACAAACAGAUAAACUUUCAACCUGAUUAGUUCUGAAUAUGUGUCGAGUGACAUAGCUGUUUUGUUUUGUUUAUUUUUAACAAAUUGAUCUUAUUUUUAUGUCUUUUCAUUUGAUUGCACUGAGUCUUUUAUAAGUAAAUACUUGAUACCAAAUACAUGUCUCCUAAAAAGAUGUGUCCCUGUUUCUUAAUAAAUGUUAAGAAAAAAAA